AUGAUUGACAAAAUUCGAAAACUUUUAAAGAACAAAAAAACUGAUGCUGCUUUUAAAAGGGCUGGUCCAGGUUACAGAUUGAAUGAACCAUCUGAUUACUCAAGAAGUAAUCAUAGUGGGGCUUCGAGUUGUGGCAGUAGUAGUGGUAGCAGUGCUAGUGUUCAGCCCUCAUCCACUAGAAAAGAACUGACUGAAGAAUCAAAAAAUGCUGCCGAGGCAGCAUUGGCCAGAUGGGAUAAACAAAAAAAUGUGGGCAAAAAGUCAAUGGCUACAAUUAAAGCCCAGGUAAGACAAGAAUUAGAAGCAGAAAAACGUGUUCAUACUGCAUCUGCUGCUACACAUAGUAAAAGCAAACCAGAGAUUGAAUUGGAAGGUUCUCCUCUUUUAGCUGUACAAGGUGUUUUUUUUGAAUGUCCUUUAUUAGGACCUGAUGUACUCACAAAAGAAGAAUGGAAUCAUAAAAUUAGAGAAUUUCUAUACAAUGAAUUAGAAGAAGAAAAAGGACUUAUUGCUUGUCUUAUAAUUCACACUUUAAAUUAUAAUCGAGAAAAGGUAGCUACAUGUGUGAACACAAUUGUAAAAUAUUUAGAAAACAUUUUAAAAUAUCCAGAUGAGGAAAAAUAUCGAAAAAUUCGCAUGAGUAACAAAGUAUUUUGUGAAAAAGUUCAGCCAGUCGAAGGUGCACUACUUAUUUUAGAAGCUGCAGGUUUUGAGGUUAAAGAAGAAGUUUCAAAUGAGGGAACUGUUGAAAAUUAUUUGGUUUAUCCUAUCGAAAAAUUACCUGAUGCACCGGAAGUUUUUGAAAUUUUAAUUGAUGGUCUUAAAAAUGCAGAACCCAUUACUCUGGAACUUCAUAGAAAUUUACAAGUACUACUUCCUACCCAAGCAAAAGAAAGAAAUGAAUUGCCUGCAUCAUUCUACAAUCUGACUGUGGAAGAAAUAAAAAAGGAACAAUUUUUAAGAGCAGAAGAAGUUGAAAGAAAUCUAACUCUAAGAACUAAGGCAAUGCGUGAGAAGGAUAAUAUUCAAGAAAUAAGAAGAUACAAGUUUGCAUUAAUUAGAGUUCGUUUCCCUGACGGAAUUCUCCUCCAGGGUACUUUUGGAGUAUAUGAAAAAGUUUCUUCUAUUAUAACUUUUGUAAAAGAAACUUUGGAUGAUGAAAAUUUAGGAUUUACUCUUACAACUCCUGAUGGACAACACUUGGUUCCUGAUUCAGAGGCCACACUUUUAGAUUUUAAGUUAGUGCCUGCUGCUAUUAUAAUUUUUACUCCUGAUACUUCUAAAAAAACAUACUUCAAAGCAGAAAUUCUUACUUUAAUUGAAUCUUUAACAUUAUCAUAA